GCGCGCAACAACGCCAUGUCUCCGAGUCCACAUUUCACCACUUAUUCCGACCGCAUUGUCGCCGCGGCUCCCUGACGCCAAUGGCCGCGGAGAGAGACGCCUCGCCCCCACGGCGGCUGCCGGACGCCGAACCGGAGGAGUUGUACGGCCAUGAGGUUCGCCUUGAAGAGGAAGCUUUCGCUUGGUAUACUGCCGACAAGUGGUACCCAGUUCAGAUUGGCGAAGUUUAUGAGUCGCGGUAUCAGGUGCUGCUGAAGUUGGGGUUUGGCUCUGCGUCGACGGUGUGGUUGUGUCGUGAUCUUGCGAAGCAUUGCUAUGUCACCUUGAAAGUCUACGAGACUGGUCAUCGGCAGGCUCGUAACGAGGAAGUGGUCCUUCGUCACUUAGAACGCCUUGAGUCUGAGCAUCCAGGACAGAAACUGCUUCGGUCCAUCAAAGACAGUUUUGAGCUGCAGGGGAAAAUCGGCCCGCAUGUUUGUUUGGUUUUCGAGACUCUAGGCUUAUCCCUGGCCGAUAUUCGAGAAUUAGCAGGUGGCAAGCUGCCGGAGAAUCUCUUAAAGGGCUUGAUAUAUGGCUUACUACUAGUCAUUGACUAUAUGCAUUCAGUUGCACAUGUCGUCCAUACAGAUAUUCAAGAUGGAAACAUCAUGCUCUCAAUUUCAGACACGACAAUCUUGGAUGAACUAGUGAACGAAGAAUGGAGGCUUCCAAGCGCGAGAAAAGUCAUGGGUGAUCGCACCAUCUACGCAUCAACAGGGCUCGAGAUUCCAGAUGAGCCAGGCGAUCCUGUCAUUUCAGAUUUCGGUGAUGCACAAUACGGAGAAGGCGACUUCGACGGCGAGGUGAUGCCAGAUCUGUACCGCGCGCCCGAAAUCAUACUUGGAAUUCCCUGGGACGAAAAGAUAGAUAUCUGGGCUUUGGGGUUGAUGGUUUGGGAUUUGUUCGAAGGGAAGCUUCUUUACAACACCCGACACCGCGAUCGGAAUGCGUCCCGGGCAGCUCACUUUGCGAGAACGGUGUCUUUGCUUGGACCCCCGCCCGAUGAUCUCCUGGACAGAGGGUCAAAAUGGACAGAAAUCUUUGACGAAGAAGGAAAACUAAUUGUCAACGGCGAGAUACCAGAGUCCUCGUUUGAGGAGGAAGAGUGUAAUCUCGAGGGAGCGGAGCAAGCCGAGUUCUUAGUGUUUCUGAGGAAGAUGCUGCAGUGGAGACCAGAAGACAGGCUAUCCGCCCGAGAGCUGAUGGAGGAUCCGUGGCUGUGUCGGCAGACGGCUGAUGACUGAAGGGAGACUCAUUGGGAUGAGGGUGAAGCCUCCAAGGUGUGAAUGAUAAGGAGGAGAUACCCAAUGGCUUUUAUGUUUCUAUGAUUCAAGGUUCCUGAAAAGCUGUGCUCCAAAGACGCGUUUAAAACUUGCCCGUCAGAGUGUCUUAUCAGUAGGUCUGUCUUGAUUGAUGAGAGGCAUAUGAUAGACCAGAGAUACUGCAUUUGAAAAAUUCUCGAACAUGCCA